GCGGGCAGCCUCCCAGCCCACCACACAUAGCAAAACCAGGCCACCGCACACAGCAAAAUGAAGCGCAAGGUCGGCGCUCUCGAAAAGAUCGAGGCGGACCAUGCCGCGCUCCGCUUCAAGAUCAAGCGCGACCCGCAGAGUUACCGCGACGACUUCAACAACCAGUGGCAGCAGUACGAGACCCUGCGCGACCUGUUCCUCCAGAGCCCCUCGACACAAGGCACGGGUCUUGCAGACCUGAAGGAUCUCGUCGAAUUCGUCUCGCACGUUGCUGAUCUGUACCCCGACCUUUGCGCACAGUUCCCGUCAGACCUCCAGCAGAUCCUCCUGCAACACCACGAGGUGCUCGAGUACGAGCUGCGCGACAAGAUGGUGGGAAGCCUGUGUCUGCUGCGCAACAAGGACGUCAUCGAUUCUGUGGCGCUCCUCAACACGCUCUUCCCCGUGCUCGUCGCCACGCCCAGCAAGUCGCUGCGGCAGCUUCUCUUCACCAAGAUUCUCUCCGACCUGCGCUCGUCGAACGUCAAGACGACAAACCACAAGCUCAACCGCACAGUACAAACCGUUCUCUACAACCUGCUCGAGUCGGACAAGGAGUCGCCAAAGGGCAUCUGGGCAGUCAAGAUCACGCGCGAGCUGUGGAAGAAGCAGAUAUGGACCGACGCGCGCGCUGUCGAGGUCAUGCGCCUCGCGGCCCUGAGCGAGAACGAGAAGGUCAUCGCGGGCGGAGUGCGCUUCUUCCUCGGUGGCGACAAGGAGCGUGAGGAGGCGGCCGAGGAGAGCAGUGACGACGACAACGUUGACAUGGCCAAGUUGAAGCAUCAGGCGGGCAUCAACAAGAAGACGAAGAAGAAGGCCCGCGACCUCAAGAAGGCUGCUGCCACGGUCAAGCGAAAGGAGAAGAAGAAGAACGCGCCGCACCCGCUGAACUUCUCCGCGCUCCACCUUCUGCACGAUCCCCAGGGCUUCGCCGAGAACCUCUUCUCCAAGCACGUCCAGAACACAAAGGCAAAGCUCCAGCUCGAGACGAAACUCCUUGUCCUGCAGCUGGUCUCGCGUCUUGUCGGUCUGCACAAACUCACCGUCUUGUCUCUCUACUCGUACUUCCUCAAACACCUCACCCCUCGACAAGCCUCCGUCACCAGCUACCUCGCCUGUCUCGCCCAGGCAACGCACAGCUACGUCCCGCCCGAUGUUCUCGAGCCGCUAGUCCAGAAAAUCGCCAACGAAUUCGUCUCCGAAGCCUCGGCCUCAGAAGUCGCGGCCGCAGGUCUGAACGCCAUUCGCGAGAUCUGCGUUCGCCAGCCCCUUGCAAUGACCGAUACGCUGCUACAGGAUCUCGUCAUGUAUCGCAAAUCCAAAGACAAAGGCGUAAUGAUGGCCGCCAAAGGUCUCCUCUCCCUCUACCGCGAAGUCGGCGCCGAACUCCUACACAAGCGCGACCGCGGCAAAGACGCCAGCAUGGGCAUCCGCGCCGGCACCAUCAAGGAGCAACGCUACGGCGAAGAAGCCGCCGGCGGCAUCGAAGGCAUCGAGCUGCUCGAGGCCUGGAAAGAAGACGAGCGGCGCAAGAAGCGCAUCGCAGCCGGUCUCGACCCCGAUGGCACGGACGGCGACUCUCAACUCGACGAGGCCGAGGACUGGAAGAAGUGGGAGCUCGAGAGCGACAGCGAUAGUGAUGAGGAGGGAUGGAUUAACGUGGAGAGUGAUGGCGAGGACAUCAACAUCAGCGACAGCGAAGACGAGGACAAGGGCAAACCAAAGGCGAAGAAGGCGAAGCUCGACUCCGCCACACCGGCACCGAACGAAGGAUCCAAAUCCGCAGAGCCAGAAACCGCUGCGGCCAAACAAGCCCAGAUCUCCAAACUCCUCACCACCACCAUCCUCACCCCCGCCGAUCUGAAACAGUUAAAAGCGCUCCAAGAACAAACCGCCAUAAACGCACACCUCCCCUCCCACAAACGCGCCGCCAUGCUCGCCGCGCGCCACGCCGACGAAGCCAUCACGGCCGAGACCAUCGAAGCCGCCGCCUCGCUGGGCAAGAAGAACACCAAAGAAGAGAAGAUCGCCAUGGCAAAGGCAGACCGCGAGACAAACCACCAAUCCACGACAGCGAAGCGGAAGGCGAAGAAGGAGUCUGAGGGCAAGAGCACGACGAACAAGGAGAAGGCGCGCAAGAAGAAUUUCUUGAUGACCCUGGGCAAGGCGAAGAGUAAGAAUAAGAGGAGUUUGGGCGACGUGAAGAAGACGCUGCAAGGACACAUUGAAAGGAGUAAGAGGGGGGGUAAGCGGGGAAAUAAGGGGAAUUAG